AGCAUGCAAUAUGGCUACGGCAAGAGUUCGAUUGGAUAAGAUGGAAGAAAAUGGCAUGCGAAGUGUUAUUAAAUUUUAGUGAGAUGUUUACUUGCUCCGGUUGUGUAGAAUGGGAGGCUGUAUAGGUAUAACGAGGGCAAGAAAUGCCUCAAUCAAUGAUACAUCGGAAAAUUCGAGCAGAACUAAUUCGGGAAAUACAAGAAAAAAUCAUCUUCUAUGUCACGAGGUAAUCAGAUGGAAAUCUGAUGUACCUCUGACCGAAGGUCAGCUGAGAAGUAAGCGAGAUGAAUUUUGGGACACUGCACCAGCAUUUGAUGGUCGUAAAGAGAUUUGGGAUGCAUUGAGAGCAGGUGCAACUGCAGCUGAAGCACAGGAUUAUCAGUUGGCACAGGCUAUAUUAGAUGGGGCUAAUAUUUCUGUACCAAAUGGUUUCUUAACUGAAUGUUAUGAUGAGUUAGGAACACGUUAUCAAGUACCUAUUUAUUGUUUGUCUUACCCAAUUAAUAUCGUAAAAGAAGAUAGUGGAAGAGAUUCACCUGCUGAUUGCUCAGAACCAGUUGAUGAAGGAACAGAACAAACUUUAAAACUUAGACUGUCAACUACUUUAGGAGAAGUUAAACUACCUGUUUAUAGCAAUGAUACCAUUGCUGUUGCUAAGAAAAAAUUACAGAGUCAAGAAGGUUUGGAACCUUCACGUCAAAGGUGGUUUUUUGGUGGUAAAUUGCUUGGUGAUAAAAUGCAUAUAGAAGAAGCUAAGGUACAGCCAGGUUACAUAAUACAAGUAAUUGUAAAUCCAGAAAAAUCAGAUAAUAUCUCCGGGAAGACUAGUUGAACUGAUAACAAACAUAUAAUAUAUAAAUGUUUCAAUCAGCAAUCAAUAGAACCAUACUUUUACGCUUGUUAACAAAACUUGUUAAUCCUAUAUCAAAGUAAGAAUAUUAUGGUUUUUAAUAUUUUGUCACAUCACGUAAGUGAUAAAUCAUUUUAAGAUAAAUUGAUUAUAUAACA